GGGAAAUACAGAAGCAAAUAACUCCAGAAGUGCUUCAGUACUCCGGUCCAGUCGCAGUGCUCAGCUACCUGCAGCCUGGUGUCGGGUGUCUCCAGCGGCCGGUGGGUGGGAGCUGGUGAGGGUACGCUCUCUAACUUCAGUGUCAGUGUGUCCGCCGACAGCACCAGACUGUGACCGACCGGCGUCAACACCGAGCAGGAAGGCAGGACUUUGGUAGCCAUGGCGUCGACCAAUGAGAGCGGGGAGAACGGCGAUCAGACGGUUCCUGUCGGAGAGGACGAGGACGAGAGGAGCAUCCAAGGAAUCCAGUCUCACUACCUCCGCUGUCCGUCCCCGAGCUUCUCCAUGGCGUCAGAGUCCAGGUUCUCCAUGAUCUCAGGCUCGGACGCCGCGAGCAUCUUCAUGGAGCCCAUCCACCUCUCGUCGGCCAUCGCCGCGAAGAAGAUCAUCAACGAGGGUGAGACAGAGUUGCCGCCUCGCAGCGUGCGUGCCGAGUCCAUCCCGGAGUCCAUGUUGGAAACCGCCGAGCAGCUGAUGGUGGAAGACCUCUACAACCGUGUGAGGGACAUGAUCGACGACCGCAGCCCCUACAACACCCCCUGUGUGCUGGACAUCCAGAGGGCCAUGGUGCAGGACCGGCUGGAGGCCCCCUUCAACCCCGUGGACGAGGUGUGGCCCAACAUCUUCAUCGCCGAGAAAUCUGUGGCGGUCAACAAGGCUCGUCUGAAGCGGAUGGGCAUCACCCACAUCCUCAACGCCGCCCACGGCACGGGGGUCUACACGGGCGAGUCCUUCUACGCCGGCAUGAACAUCCAGUACAUGGGCAUCGAGGUGGACGACUUCCCCGACGCCGACAUCGCCGCCCACUUUCGCUCCACCGCCGAAUUCUUGGACGAGGCUCUGCUGACGCACAAGGGAAAGGUUCUCGUGGUUUCCAUGAUGGGCGUCAGUCGCUCUGCUGUCCUGGUGGCGUCCUACCUGAUGAUCUUCCAGCACAUGUCCAUCAUGGAGGCGCUGACGUCCAUGAGGAAAAAGCGGCCAAUCAACCCCAACGAAGGCUUCCUGAAGCAGCUGCGAGAGCUCAACGAGAGCCUGAUGGAGGAGCGCGAUGACGACGACGACACGCUCAGCCAGUGCUCUGUCAUCGACGCACGCGCUCGUGCUCGCAUCUUCGGCGAGGGCGGCGAUGAUGAUGAUGAUGACGAUGAUGAUACGGAUAAAGAGGAAGAGCAGAGUAUGGUCGGAGUGAAAGCACAGUCCAUCAUGAUGGAGGAGGAGGAGGAUGGGCAGAGCGUGAUGAGCAGCAUCGCCUCUUCAGCAGCUGCUGCGGCGCUCAAGAGCGGAAUGAUGGGAGACGGACGGGACACCCAGGGACCGGCCCGCAAUCAGGAAGAGAUUCUCCUCGAGCAGGACCACGGAGACGAUGGCGAAGACGACGAUGACGGCCUCGGCAGCAUGAUCCGCGAGUGGCAGCGGAGGAAUGAGAAGUAUCAGGACGAUGACUGGUGGGAGAAGCAGCUGAACAGCGACGGCGAGGAUGUAGAAUCUCUCGCCGAGGGUCGAACGAAGAAGACGAAGGGAGACACAGACGUGGACAGCGUCACCAGCGAGGACGUCCGAGCUGUGAAAGAGCGACUGAAGCGUCGCAACAGACGUCCCCCCUCGGACGCCAUGUCCACCUCCAGCUGCACGAGUUACUCUGAUCUCUGGAAGCAACGCUUGAGAGAAAUUGAGGAACAAGCUGCCACUCGCUACCGCAAGAAACAGGAUGACGAAGGCAGCGAGAGCACCGCGACAGAAGAUGGCGAACAACCAAAAAAGAAUAUCGAUGAGGAGGUGGAGAGCCUCCUCUCUGACACCACCUCCAUGUACAACUUCUGCCAGAAGAACAAGGAGAAGAUGACGCCUCUGGAGCGUUGGCGCAUCAAGAGGAUCCAAUUUGGCUGGAACAAGAAAGAUCGAGAAGACGGAGAGAAGAGCUCUGUCGGAGACGGAGAGGGUGGUGACGGCGAAGGAGAAGCCAAGACGCCAGCGUUCAAAGAUGUCAACCUGACGGCGUAUCAGUCGUGGAAGCUCCGGCAGCAGAAGCGUUAUGGAGAGGAGAACAAGGAUGAGAUUUUGGAGAUGAGUCGCGGUGAGGACUCUGCAGCGAUCAAACGGAGGCAAAGACGCGAGGAGAUCCUGGAGCGCUCGAAGAAAACUUUAGAGGAGAGUCAGUCCAUGUGCGGCUGGGAGAACGAAAGCUCCGUCAGCGGAGGGACGAUACCUCUGUCCGCCUUCUGGGCCGGAGCUGGAGUGAACGGACCGCCGAGCGUCGCCAACGAUGACAACAUGUCCAUGCUGAGCGGCAGGUCGUCUGUCAUAUCCUCAGUUUCACAGCCUCGCAGCAUGAGAUCUGCAGCAUCUGCUGUCCAAGUCAAUCCUCCGGUUCCUCCCAUCCUCCCAGUUCCUACCGUCCAGGGCCCCGGAGGCGAACCCAUGGUAAAUCUCUCCAGCAUCCAAAACUGGAUCGCUAACGUCGUCUCCGAAACGAUCAAACAGAAGCAAAGCGAGAUGAGCCUGCCUCCUCCGUCACGUGCUGGGUCGGAGUUCAGCUAUGGCGGCGCAGCGAGCGUGCUUUCAGGUCGCGGCGUGGACGACGACAAAGCGUCCUUGUUGAGCGGCGCCUCCUAUUCCAGCGCCCUGUCGCAGGGUCGCGGCAGGGCGGCGUCAGUCCUCUCAGCUGGCGGGUCGAGCAGGAUCUCCGGUCUCACUGGACGAGGCUCCGCUGUGGGCUCCACCCUGGACUCCACCCUGGGUUCCAAGAAGAACAAGAUCACCACCACCAGCGUGCCUCUGUUCAGCCUCUUCCAAGACCAGGUCAACAUGGGCAAACUGGACGCCAUGGACAAGGAGAUCAAGUCCGAGAUGAGGGGCAAGAUGGCCACCUACGAAAAGAAGAAGAUCCUGGAGGACAACAAGCGCAGCACCCUGUACAAGAAGAAGAAACCGAAGGAGGACGAGGAUGAGGAGGAGGAGAGGAAGAAGAGAGAGGAGGAGUUUCUUGAGGAGACAAAGAAAAAGGAGAAACCAGCGAGGACGUUUGGCCUCUCGGGGUGCCUGAACCUCAACCCUGCCCUGGAGAAAGACAAGGACACCAGCAUCGACGACUGGCUGAAAAGCGUCAGACCUCCUCCGAGGAAACCGGCCUCUGGCGCCGAAGCCGAGGAUCCCUACAACGAUCUCGACGCCUCCGCUUCCGAGUUCGACUACUCAAGCCGCAGGGCCUCGUACGCUGUUGAUGAAGAAGAAGAUGAACCUUACGGCGUCUCCUCUAGAUACAGAUCGAGGUUGCAGGAGGAUCUAACGAGCGAAGACGCUGAAUAUUCCUGCAACGGGUUCCACAGCCGUGCGGGGAGAUCGUACGGCGACGAGGCAACCGAGAGCUUCUCCGACUUCUCUACCAGGAGAACCCUCGCUCAUCACUCACGGUACGAGAGCAGCGAGACGGAAGGGAGGAGGAGCAGGAGGGAGGAAGCCGACGAAGAGGAGGAUGACAUCGCGACCUUCCUCGCCCAAACCAGGCAGAGGAUCCGAGCUCGGGCCGCCGCUGAGGCCGAGGACGACGAGGUGCUGACGGCUUGGAGGGCGCAGCAGGAGGCGAAGUCACAGAGCAGGAGCGAAUCUUAGAGGAAACUACUGACGCACAACAUAAGAGCUAGGAAACGUAAAGUCUUUUUGUAAAGGUAGAAAUCACAUUUUUUAAAUCGUAGAUGUCGAGAAUCAAGAAACAAAGCAAGUUUAUAUCAACAUCAGUCAGGAGAAGAAGCACUUUUAUCUCAUCAUGCAUCAAAACUUUAUAUGACUGGUUGUUUCCAACGUCAUCAAUAAAAGUAGUUUGAAGGUUUUGCUUGCACCACGGUUGAAUGUAAAACUGAUUUUAAGCACAUAUUUUCAUAAACGAUGACGUGAAACUCCUGAAAAAUGAAUCAGAUCUCAUUUGUACUGUUUUAUUAUUUUAUUACUGCAAUAAAUGUUCUGAAAAAAUGA